GAAGUUUAUAAAAGAGACAUAACUUCGAAUUCUGGGAGAUAACAAAGAGGGAACGUACAUAACACACUUACCAUGUUACAGAAGGUAUUGCUCGUCAUAGCUGUGAAUGUAAUAACCUUGACAGACGUUAGAGGGCAGCUUUCUGCAGUGUCCAACAAGUAUCAUGACAACAACGGAAAUUUUGCUUAUUCUCUCCACACUGAUAAUCACCGCGGAAUUGCUUAUUUCCGAAGAGGACCGACAGCUGGCGCUACGUUAAGCAGUGCUCCUCACCCUGCUGCACUGAUUUCAAGACCCUAUAACAAUCCUCCAGAUGCUGCAGCUUUACCUCCAUCUGGUGGCCAUAUUCCUGUUAAUGUUCGGGCCCCAUUAAAAAAUGUGCCGCUUGCAUUCGCAGCUACCAAUAUACGUACAGACACCGUUCCCGUGUAUCCUCCCGCCAACAGAGACCUGCUUUAUUCACAGGGCUACAUUUAUUUUAAAGAUUUCUUACCAGUACAAGUUCCAUUUUAAGGAGGUAUUGAAAUAUGGUUUCAAGUUAAUAUUAUACAUUUCUUAAAAGAAAAUAGAAAAAAGAGCUCCAACUACGAAACGAUCUACGAGUGAUUUGGGAGUGUGAACGUUCAGACUAACCCCAGCUAACUGAAGCUGACCAAUUGAAAACAAUGUAUCUAAAGGGUUAUAUUUAGAUUAUGCACUACUAACGAGAACUGAUCACUUAAUUAAAAAAAUUAUUCAAACAUUUAUUUUGAGAUUAUCAAUAACUAGUGAAAACCGACCAAUUGAAAACAAUAUAUCUUUACAAUAUAAGUUUAACAUAACAGCAAAUGUACAAAGGUACCUGAUGAUGACAAAACAUUGUCGAAACGUUGUACAUUUGAUGUUAUGUUAAACUUAUAUUAAAGUUUUUCUUCAUUACCCAUUCAAGCCGUCUCCAACCAUUAUUAGUCUCAAAGUGGGUUCCUCGUCAUCGAAUAUUUCUUUACGUUUAUAAUCAGAUUAUCUACAACUAAUGGUUGUGGAUAACAGAUGAAAACAAAAUAUUUUUUUUUAAUAAGACCUAUUAAAGUCGUUACAGUAAACAUGAUGAUUAAAUUCGUUACAGUAAACAUGAUAAUUAAAGUCGUUACAGUAAAAAUUACAAUUAAAGUCGUUACAGUAAACAUGAUAAUGUAAGCCGUUACAGUAAACAUGAUAAUUAAAGUCGCUACAGUAAACAUUAUAAUUAACGUCGUUACAGUAAACAUGAUAAUUUAAGUAGUUACAGUAAACAUGAUAAUUAUUCAUUUUUUCUGAGACUAAUCUCCUUGUGUAACACUUAAAACUACUGCAAGAAUACGAUAUUUUAAAACAUUUUCUGAAUGUUUUGUUUUCUUUUUCCCCAUUGUUUUCGUGAUUACAUAAACUUUACUUUAAAAUCGCAGGUAAAACAAAAUGAUGCUGUUUCUAGAAACGGGUUAACAUCAGAGGAGAGUCCUAUACGUUAAACGGGUUAACAUCAGAGGAGAGUCCUAUACGUUACAGAGUCUUAUGAAUAAGAUUUAAAAAUCUUACAAAUAAGAAAACUUAUUAAGAUAAGUUAAA